AUGUGGGACCGGCUGCGGGGCAGUCGGGCGGCGGGCGGCGGCCGGAGCGCGGCCGCGAUGGCGCAACGCGACGAGAAGGUGCCGGCGGCGGCGGCGGGCGAGAGCGAGCCCGGGGCCGGGGCCGGGGCCGGGGCCGGGGCCGGGGCCGCGGCUGAGCGGGGACAGAGCGGGGCCGCCGCGCCCUUCCAGCCCCCCGAGGGCGGCUUCGGCUGGGUGGUGGUCUUCGCCGCCGCCUGGUGCAACGGCUCCAUCUUCGGCAUCCACAACUCCUUCGGGAUCCUCUACAUGAUGCUGCAGAGCGACCUGGGCGAGGGGGAGAAGGACCCGGCGCUAGAGUUUAAAACAGCAUGGGUCGGCUCCCUGGCCAUGGGAAUGAUUUUUUUCUGCUCUCCCAUCGUCAGCAUCUUCACCGACCGGAUUGGCUGCAGGACCACAGCGGCCACGGGAGCUGCCAUCGCCUUCAUCGGGCUUCUCUCCAGCUCCUUCACCAAGUCUCUGGAAGUCCGUUACUUCACAUAUGGGAUCCUCUUUGGCUGUGGCAGCUCCUUCGCCUUCCAGCCCUCGCUGGUCAUCCUCGGUCACUACUUCAAGCGCCGCCUGGGUCUGGCCAACGGCAUCGUGGCCGGGGGCAGCUGCCUCAUCUCUGUGCCACUCCCCUUCUUCCUGAAGAUGGUUGGGGGUGCCAUCGGGCUGGCACACACUUUCCAAGUACUCAGUGCCUUAAUGCUCAUCCAGAUCUUCUUGUCCAUGACCUACCGGCCCAUCCUGCCACCUUCUUGUGACUCUCAGCACGACGGGCAGGACAAGCUGGGCAGCCGGAGCAUGAGGCAGCAGUGCUGGGCCCAGACCCGCAAGUAUUUCAACCUGAGGGUUUUCCGGAGAAAGACCUAUCGGAUUUGGGCCUUUGGGAUCGCUACUGCUGUCCUGGGAUACCUCGUACCUUACAUGAACCUGGUCAAAUAUGUGGAGAAGCGAUUUCAGGAAACCAAAAAGGACUGGAUCCUCCUGGUUUGCCUCGGGGCCAUGUCGGGGCUGGGGCGCUUGGUUUCGGGCCGCAUUGGCGACUGCAUUCCCGGGCUGAAGAAGAUUUACCUGCAGGUUGCGUCCUUCAUACUGUUGGGCCUCCUGUGCAUGAUGAUCCCCCAGUGCCGAGGCUUCGAGGGCGUCAUUGUCAUCUGCCUCUUCCUCGGCCUCUGCGACGGCUUCUUCACCACCAUCAUGGCCCCCAUCGCCUUCGAGCUGGUGGGGCCCAUGCAGGCGUCCCAGGCCAUAGGGUACCUCAUGGGGCUGAUGGCCGUGCCCAUGACCGCGGGCACGCCCAUAGCAGGAUACCUCAAUGAUUAUUUCGAGAAUUACGACGCAGCCUUUUACUUUGCCGGGGUGCCCCCCAUCAUCGGCGGCCUGGUGCUCUCCGUGGUGCCGCUGGUCCAUCAGAGGAUGCUGAAGAAGCAGCGCCUGGAUUCUGGCAAAGACAAGAUGCUGGUAUCGGAGGCGGUGGUGAACGGGGAGCUGCUGCCGGGCUGCCCAGCCUCCGAAGCACACAUGUGACGCCGCCGCCGGCUCUCCCCGGGACACCAGCAGCCUCUCCACAGUCCCAGCAAGGCCCUUCCCUAGACGGACCGUAAUUCCCAGUGAUUGCAGAUGCCCUAUGUUUGUAAAGGAGAAAACACAAAAAGUUCUUCUAGUUAAAGGCUUUUAACUAGCAGAAACGCUCUUUUUUUUGGGGGGGGGGACAGUUUUGAUUUCAAAGCCACCUGUUUCCCCCGCCCCCCCCCCCCCCAGCCAUUUUUCUAAGGAGAACUCUCACCAGGAUUCAAACUUGAUCGAGCUCCCGCUCCUCUCCCCAGUUUUCUAUACGUCACGACAGAGGUUUACAGCUAAUAAAUGCCUUUUCCAAGCAGGCCACGGAUGGAACUUGUUGAACUUUGCAGCUGUUCAUCCUUCUCCUUCUCCAGUGUCACUCGGGUGUCACAUCCAAGUGAGACAGCCCCCUCCCCGUCCAGCACCUGGGGCUGUUUUGGAGCCAGAGAUCCGAAGGAGGAAAUGCUGCUUUAGUCUGAUGCACAAACCAAAUAAAUGUCAGCGAGUCCCGCUUU